AUGGAUCGCAAGCGGGCGCAGGCGGACGCGCCGGACGCGGGGGAUGCGAAGCGCAUGCACCUGAGCGAAGAGGAUGAGAGCCCUGCGUAUGCGGGCCUCGAGCAGUUCCGCAAGGAGGCGAUCUACCGCGCGAUGCGCGAAGCAAAACGCGACGCGGCGCGUGCGACGGAAUCCGCGCAUGCGCUCGAAGCCGACGUCGCGGGCCUGCGCAAGAGCGUGCUCGCAGUGAACGAGUUUUGGGAUAUGCUUGUAGAAACGCUCCGGACGACUGGCGUCGACGAGCACGUGCUCGGCGAAGGGCUCCGCAGCGCCUUGGUCGGUGCCGUGCCGCUGGCGCUCGAGCAGAGCGCGGCCGAGCACGCUUCGGCGCUCGCGACACGCACGCAGGUCGUGCGUGAGGUGCUUGCGCACAUCGCCGCGCACGGCGCGCGUGCGCCGAGCGACGUGGGCGCCGCCCAGACACGUAUCGCACAGCUCGCGGCCGAGUCGGGCGCGCUGCGCCAGACGCUCGCCGCGGCCCAUGCCGAGCUCGCGCGGCUACAGGCGGUGGCGAGCCGCGUGACAGAGCAGCUGCGCAUUGCCGAAAAGCAUCGCGACCGCGCCGCAAGCGACACGCUCCGCACGAUCGAAGACCCCCUCGGCAAGGCGCAGCGCGACGCAGAGGCCGCCCAGAUCGCCGCGGCCGAGGCGGAGAAGGCCCAGGCGGAAAAGCGCGCAGAAAACGCGCAGGCCCCGGCGGUGAAUGCGGCGACAGAAGAGGAGCUCGUCACGCUCCGCGAGCUCGCAAAGGCGCGCCUCGACGAGAUAGGCGAGGUGCGCCAGGAGCUCGGCGGGGUGAAGCAAGAGCUCGCCGCGACCUCGUUCCAACUCACGUCGCUGCCGGACGAGCGCAUUAACGCACACCCCCUCUACCACGAGCUACAGGCGGAAAUGGUCUUUUUGCAGCACGAGGCCGAGCGGCUGCGGAGCGCGUACGCUGCGCUGGACAAGGAGAACGAGGAGCUGCGUGAGUUCCGCCUCGAGUUCCAGCACCAGACCUCGACGCAGGCCAAUACACACAGCGACGAGCUCCAGAAGCAGCUCAAGGCGCGCGAUGCAGACAUUGUGCGCCUGCGUGGCCAGCGCGACGAGCUCAACGCCGAGAUGCUCGAGCGCCGCGCACGCGACACGGUCAAGUUUGCGCAGGUCGACGAGCUCAAGGCGCUCCUUGCGCCGAAAGACGAGCGGAUCGAGGCCUUGAAGGGGCAGGCGCAUCGUCUCCAACUGCAAGUCGCCGCGCUGCGAGGCGACGCGCACGCGGUGCAGGUGCUGAGCGAGAGCGAGCCCGGCACGGACGCCGUGCCUGCGCUCGAGGCCGCGCUGAAAAAGGCCGAGGAGGAAAAGGCGGCGCUCGCGCUGCACGACGUGAGCGACGCGCACGCCGAGCUUGCGCGCCUCCGUGCGCUUCUCGACGACGGCACGCCGUCGGAGGAUGUUGCGUCGGCGGACGAUGUCGCGGCGCGCUGGGCCUCGCUGCAAGACAGCCUGCAGAAAGCGCGCCUCGAGAUCCAGGCGUCGGGCGCCUCGACCACCACUCUUUACGACGAGAUCGACCGCCUGAGCAGCGCCUAUGACCAGCUCGAGAAGCAGGCGAAUGCAAAGCUCGUCAACCUCGCCAAGCUCGAGGACAAAAUUCUGCGCCUCACCACCGAAAAGUCCAAAGCGGACAACAAGUACUUUGCCGCGAUGCGCGCCAAGGAUGCGCUCGAUGCCGAGAAGCGCACGCUUGCGCGCAGCGCCGAGCGCCAGGCCAAGGUUAUUGAGCGCUACACCGAGACCGAGAAGGGCCUCGGGCAGCAGCUGACGCAGGCCGAAAAGGAGAUCACGCUCCUCCGCCGCGGCCUGCAGGCGCACACGACGAAGCUCGCCGAGGUCGACCGCGACCGUGCGGUGCUGCGCCGCAAGGCGGCCGAGGCCGAGCGCGCCAAGUCCACCGCCGAGCAGCUCGUCACGCAGCACCUCGCGACGAUCACAGAAGAGAGCGGCGCGAAGGUGCGCGCCGAGGAGCGCGCCGCGAUCCUCGACAAGGAGGUGAGCCGUCUGAAGCGCAAGGUCGCCGAUGCCAACGCCGGUGCGCCGCGCAAGCGCGGCGACGAUAAUACGCAGCUCGAGUACCUCGAUUCGCUCCUCAAGUGCUCGGCGUGCAAGGAGCGCUACCGCGACCGGAUCAUUACGCGCUGCCUGCACACCUUCUGCGAGCAGUGCGUCAACGCGCGGAUCCAGACCAGGCAGCGCAAGUGUCCCCACUGCGGCCUGGCGUUUGCCACGAGCGAUGUUCAAGUGCUCUACUGUACGUGA